CAAACCCAUGCAAUCACACACACACACACACACACACACACACACACACACACACGCACACACACGAUUUCUUUUCUUUCAAAGUUUGUUAUAUAUAAGAGAACUGAGCCAGGAGGAGGCCAAAGUAUCAGCAGAUUACGCAACACUUUUCUCGUGCAAAGGGAAUCAAGAUUUCUCCGCGGCAGCCAACACCCCGUCACAGUUCACUGGCCUCACCCGCCCGGCACGCUGUUCCUUCGGUCUUAUUUACCUCUACAGACGAGGCUUUCACGAGGUCUCCGAAUCACCUAUAAUCGGCAAGGGUCCGAUCCGAGCCUUUUCGUAGCGGGAUCAGAUAGCUAGCGCCCUCAGCAGCUACGGCGCGGAGCAGGGUGAUAACAGCGCCGAUACAGUACGAGCGAGUCAGUGAAAGCGAGCCUCAAAGAGCUGCUCCCAAAGGGCUUCUCGGUGAAGAGCUGGGCCAGGCCCCUGGGAGUGUGUGUGUGUGUGUGUGUGUGUGUGUGUGGAGCACUGUGCAGGCUGUAGGGUUGGCGCAGACUGUGACUGGAGGGUGGGCGGUAUGGGCGUGACGGGCGUGAGGCUGGGCUGCGGUCGACGGUUUGGGCGGCCCAGCAGCGUCACGUUGUGUUUCAGGUAACGCUGGAAGUCACGCCGCCCACCACGAGUCGACAGUGGUGUGCGUCGGGAGGCAGCGCGGGGAGUCGGCAACAGCGUCAGUCCUGCCGGCGGUCGGGGGCGGGGUGCCACUCGUGCUCAGUGCCGCUGGUCCGCCCGCGCGGUGCCAUAUCUGGUUCUGGUUGCCAUGACUACCGGAUGGUGGGCCGCCAGGCGACACUUGAUUCCCGCCCCGGGCGGUCACGUGGGAUGACGUCAGGCAUCAAGAGCCAAUGGGUGGCGGCGAAGGGGGGCGGAGGGCGCGGGGGGCGGGUCCCCAGGCCCAGGCGGCCUGCUCAUUGGUCCGCGCGGCUCCCACCAGCCACACUCAAUUAUCCCAGCUGAAUCGCCCAACACCGACUGGAAACCGUGAUUUAGCGGGAAAGAUAUUCAAAUAAGGACGACACAGUUGGUCAAGCUUGACUAGUGCUAACACCGGGCGGCGCGGUGCUGAGGCAGGGCAGCCAGCGUGACGGCCAGUGUCCGCGUGUGUACCUCGUUACCCGCCUCCCGCCCCUCUCUACCCGUGCAGUGUCGUGCCCACGCCGCCCUCAGUACCGUGGAUAAUACCCGCCGUCGGGGACGUUACCAGUGACGCGGGAAACAGUGCCAGUGCCCCCGCCCCUAGUGCCUAGCUGACCUUAACCAUCGCUGUCGCGGUGGAGUCUCCAGGACCUUCGUGGUCACCCCCCGCCGCGCCUCCGUCAGCAGCCCUUGUGGCUCUGCCCGCCCCGGGGGAUCAUCUCUGCACCGCCAAGCUGGAUCACUCCAACUUCGGCCUCUUCGGGCUCCGGCCCGCCUCGGCCGCCAUGGACCUCACCACCGCCUACCGCUACAACCAAAACAUGAUGGAGUAUUAUACUUGCCACGGCGGCGUCAACCAGCUGGGCGGCGUGUUCGUGAACGGGCGGCCGCUGCCAGACAUGGUGCGCCAGAGGAUCGUCGAGCUGGCCCACAACGGCGUGAGGCCCUGCGACAUCUCCAGGCAGCUCCGGGUCUCCCACGGCUGCGUCUCCAAGAUACUAUCACGAUAUUACGAGACCGGGAGCUACAAAGCCGGCGUGAUUGGCGGCUCGAAGCCCAAAGUGGCGACGCCCGUAGUGGUGGAUGCCAUAGCCAGGUACAAGCGCGAGAACCCCACGAUGUUCGCCUGGGAGAUACGAGACAGGCUGCUCACGGAGAAUGUUUGUACCCAGGAGAACGUUCCCUCCGUGUCCUCCAUCAACAGAAUCGUCAGGAACAAGGCGGCUGAGAAGGCGAAGCACGGGCUGCCGGGAACACUGUCUCCGGUGUCCCAGGCCACGUCCGUCAUCGCCCAUGCCCCGCCAGCCCCGCACGAGACCGCCCUGCAGCGUCCCGGCUCCUACUCCAUCAACGGCAUCCUCGGCAUCCCCCCGCACACAGACCCCAACGGCAACAUCAACAAGAGGAAGAGGGAAGAUUCCGAUGAGCACCGCGACAUGAACGGCCACCACGAGGACGACCUAAAACGCCAGAGAACUCAGUACAACACCGACCCUCUCUACACCAACAUGCUGUGGCCGAAGCAGUGGCCGUCGCUGAAGACCGAGGACGCCGCUAAGACCCUCCUGCCGGACCUCGGAGGAAGUGUCCCGAGCGGCGCCGCGUCCCCAUACAGCAGUGUCCAGUCCUUCGUGGAUCACCCAACCAGCUACCCUUCGGUGUCGGCGGCCUCCAUCUCCACGGACGCCCUAUACGAGACCAUGUCCAUGACCCAGUCCAACAGCAACCACGUGUACUCGCCGCCCCUCGCUACGUCCCUCGGUAGCGCAGGUGGCCUGACCCCCCUCACACCCAUCACUAUGCAGGACGUGAAGCCUGUCCUAGCAGCAUCCUCAGUCCUUGACACCACCGCCUCCCAGUACCACCAAGGAGGGACCGUCUACACGCCCCUCAGCACCCCUCAGCCCACCUCCAACGCCGGCUACACCAGCACUCUGGCCCACGCCCACUACACGGACCAGCACACGCCCGCCUCACCCCCCAACCACUGCACCCCUAACGACAGCGUGGCGCCCCUAGACAACCUGGUGGUGGCGCCCUGCUCCUCACCACUCAAGGCUGACACGCCCUGCACCACCGCCCUCACGGUCCUCCAGCCGGCCUCCCACGCCCACGCCGCCACACACCACGCACAUGUAUCCUCACAUGCGCACGCCCCUUCACAUGUGCAUACAACAACGCACGCCCAUGUUCCAAUGCACGCCCACGUGGGGGCCACACCGCCUGACACAGCCUAUACCUCCCUCCCGCCCAUCACCCACUACUCAGGUACGGCCAGCAUAGGAGCCAGCAUGACGGACUACACGUACUCGUCGCCAUACACCCAGUACACGUCCACCUACCCUGCCUACGGGUACGGCACCGGAGGGCUUCUCAACAUGGGUAACUACGGCGUCUCCAGCAACGGUGGUAACAACGGCGGCGGUGGUGCCGUCAGCAACAACCCCAACAAUGUCACCAAUAACCCGAACAGCAGCAGCAACAACAAUAACAACAGCAACAAUAAUAACAACAACAACCACAACAACAAUGGCAACAGCACGGCGGCUCGUCUCCGGAUGCUGCAGUCCAGCCUGGGCUCCCCGGCGUGCCUCAGACAGGACCGCUGCACGUAGCGCCCUCGAGCCCCGCCACCACCACCGCCGCAAGUGUCAGUUGAAUGAGUAGCCCUCUGAGCUGCUCCUAGACGACUGUAAUUACAACACAUCUUGGUAAUAAACUCCUGUGCAAUGAGUGUUCUGCACGCCUGCUCCGAGCGAGAGUCCGCAAGACUGCUGCGUGAGGAGCACGGAGCCGCACACGCGUCACGCCGCCGUCGGGCACGAGACCAAUGCUAGUGUAGCUGAGUGCGUGUUGCAGCAGCACGGACCGAUCUCUAUAGCUAGGAUACCAAAGAACUAUCACCACCACCACUCUCAAGUCACGAGCUUGCUUGAGUCAGGACCCUCCUGCCUGUGGGCCUCCCCUCGUCAGGCGCACCCCGCGGAGACAACCUCAUCACUCCCAGGCAUUUUGGACUGUACAUAGCACCUCGAUCCCUCCCAGCGUGCGUCUGAGGGAGGGGCGACAGCGGGUGGGACAACCUGACUCCCCCCCACACACACACCUUUUCACUCUGGGCGCGGGAAGCCUUCCUCCUGUAAUAGGAUGACAGUGGCACCUCCCGUCGCCGGUCACUUCCUCUCUCGGGUCUCGGUAUUUUUUAUUGGGGUUUGUCGCUGUCCAGGACCUACAUCUACUGACUCGUGUUUUUGACGUUGAUCAAAAACUCUUAAAAUCCCUGUAACGUUAAGUUAUAUUUUUUCAACAGAGGCGCCUGUAAAAUGGUUAUUUGAUUACCUCUCCAUAUAUCAUAUAUAAAUAUAUAUAGAAUCUAUAUAAAGCACACAAAUACCUCUCACGCUGUCAGCAGAGGCUAAGAACAAUAGAAUACAGUAGAAGAAUAUUUUUUGUUGGGUGCGCAUGUGUGUGUGUCGGCCUGAGCUCCGCCCCUCUCUUACCUCUGAAGGCUGUUUACCAAAGAGGCGUAGUGUGGCUCCUGCCUCCCUGCCUGUUUGUACAAGGCGAAGUUUAGUCAGGUGGACCUCUGUCGCGAGGUUACUCUAUGUUGGUCUUAUUGUAGGAGACCGUUUUGUACAGACCAGUUUUAAAAAACAGAAAGGAUGAUAGGCUGAACUAUGUAUUACUAAUAAAAGACCUAUUUAUAAUGUCUGACGGAAUACUGAACUAGGUAGGUCGUAGCAUUAAGGAAAGAGUAGGCAGUAAGGAUUCCCAUUUUUUGUACGCUAGUUAUUUUUUUAUUUAUUUCGCCCGUGUUCCCUCGGUUACAGUGUACAGUAUUACCCGUAGCGUAAGUGCCCGCACGGCCCACCAGCCCACACAGUGCCCGCGGCGCGCCUCGCCUCGCCCCGCCCCGCCCCGCACGCCGCCCCUAGACCUCGCGGCCAAGAGUCACCCCUCACGGGUCAGUCCUCGCCUGUUCGUCAGGAUUACUAGUUAUACACGUGAUUCAGGCAAAAAUAUGAUCGUAAAAACUCGUGUAUUGAUAUGUACCUAAGCAUUUUAAUAUGGCUACAUAAACUAGUCUCACUUGGUCGAAAGCCGGGGCAGCUGUUGGUCUGCUCUUCAAGGCGUAUCAUUCAUACUCCCCUCGCGGGCCUCAAGAGCCGCACCCGCCCGGUACGUAUUAUUACGUUACUUGGUCCUCCGUAAGUACAGCACACUCCCGAGGUCCCCAUUCUCAGUAUUCUCCGUAGGGCGCUCGAUGCAGCACUCGGGUCGGCCCCAGGAGCUUUGCAUAUCAUUGUUUCGGAGUCGCAGGCUGUUGGGUGUGGUAUAAAGCUUCUUGUUUUUUUUUACACUUGGAGUUUGUAGUUGUCUCUUGCGCCUCCUUUGCAUUGUUCUUGUAUAGGUAAAUUAUUAUCAUUACUAUUAUUACUAUAUAUUUUAUUUUGGUUUGUGCACAUCAGCGUGUAAAGUCACUGUUACUCCAUUUUUUUUCUUAUUUUAUGUCGCUUUUGCAUUGCCCUUUAUGAUUUGUGUCUACAAAUUAUUGUUUUUCACGCCAGCCUGUGUACCAGCGGCCCGUAGCACAGUAACGUGCAAUUGUAAGUUGACUAUUGGUUGUCAGUUUCUGUAACAGCUUGUCAGAGUAACAGCGGAACUAUGACAAACUGAGAGUGUCUUCCAGCACUAUGUAUGUACAGCAGACUGUUUGUAUUUCAACUGAUGCUGUUUUAGUCAGACACGUUGAACCUACAUAUUGAUGUAUGCAGCAGCGGCAGCAGCAGCAGCAGCAGCAGUAGGUAGCUCUAGAAAUAAAACAACGCUGUUUAUAGUAAAA